AUGCACAACACGAACGCGAAAAUCGUGCGCGCGAUCCCCGUAACCAAUGACAACCGCACGACGGGCACCGAGCUCAACCGAAACAACUUCAUCCUGCUGCGCGGCGCAAAGUCUUCGGAGAACGGCGGUCACAUCCUACUGCGCACCGAUCACCUCACCAAAAACGGCGGCGGUCUCGUGUUGGACGAUGGCGACGGCAAGCUCGGCCAGAUUUUCAUCCAGCAGAACGACGUGACCAAAGGCGUUUUGGUGCAGUCGGUUAAAAGGCUGGGAGCCGGGACGCCCAUUUUGCUUUUAAGCGGUCACGAGGGUGGCAACGGGCAUAUUUUGAUACAGGCCGGGCCCGCAGACGAGAUACAAACGGUCGGCGACAUCGAGGAACCCAACGACAUCCUGGUUCAAGCCUUGGAGGGGCUUAAUGAAGGUGAUGCUAGCAGCAGCAGAAGUCUAUCGACUCCAAUAGGUUCUGACUCUUUUGGAGCAGACAAAAGUAGCCCGGGGAAGAGGAGAGAAAGAAGACUGUGUUCGGUCGGCGAUCACGGACUGAUCGCGAGGGGUCUGCCAGGGGUCGAAGGGGGUAAAUUUGGCAACGGCCCACCCAACGCCGCGGCGGGCCGAGAAGACGGUGGCGACUACCGUUCCCGAUAA